AUGGAAAUCACAAGAUUAAAGAUGCUGAAACUUCUGCUUUUGUGGGCCUUCACAGAGGUAAGAGAUGCUCGCUGAUUUUUAUGACAUUUAUAACAAAUAAUACAGGGACUAUUGCUAUUUUACAUCCCUAGUGUAGAGUUCAUCUUUGAUUUAGUGCAUAGUUUACAUACUCAGAUAAAUGAUCACAUAUAGAGGGAGGACUCUAGAAACACAGGGGCUCUUUGGGAGUGUCACCGCUGUCAACAGGUGCAUGUGGCAUGCCCAACUGUAGCUCAAUAGACAAAUUCAUUCAGGCCUGAAAGAAAUACCUGCACUGACCAGUCCUGAAAUCUGUGUUGAGUGAAGGUAAUGUGCAGCCUGCUGCCUCUCAUGCUCCCAGAAUACAAUACGGGUCAUAAUUUGCCUCAGGAUAUAAUGUGAAAUACCACUGGCCUGCUACUCUUGGAAUGAUGUCCUUGUCUUCAAAAUAUCAGAUUUCCAGUAAUUUAUCUGAAAGUCAUGUCCUUUUUCUCUCAUUCACGUGUCAUCUGUUGUCAUUUUCAGAUUCGUGCUGCUGAUAAUGGUAAAAAAAACAAAACAUUCUUCUACAUAUUUAAUGAUGAUAUAAAUUCUAAUAAUGUAAAGUCUGUUUUUAUUCAAAAGGCAAACUCAGUAAAUAAAUAUAUUUGAAUGCAUGAAUCAUCUAUCUUCUUCAGACAUCACCGUGUUGGUGUUCACGGUCACGUCCAAGAGUAUCACAGCGCAGUGGAGCUGUCAAUGUGAAGCUAGCUCCUUCAAGAUCACAGCAACACCCAAGAACUCUCCAGGACGACCCGUUUUUGCUCAGUUCAGCGGCAACACAGUGGUGGGCUCAGUCAACUCCCUGUUCCCAAACACAGUGUACACCAUACAGCUAGAAGCCAUGGACAACACAUUCAACGUCCUCUGCAGUGCAGAGACGGAGGAGACCACUGGUGAUUAUGCAGAUUUGGAUACUUUAACUUAAUAGAGAUAGAAAUGUGGCUUCAAUCUGACCAAACAUAACAUACAUGUCUUUCUGUUCUCCUUAAGUUUCUUAUUUCUGUGAAGAAACUUUGCCUAACUUUUGAUAUAACUCCACUUUAACAAACUUACAUUCUGAGUGUUUCUUAAAAAUAAAGGAUUAAGGAAUUGAGAGUAUGAUCUGUAAGAGGACAUUUAAUUAUUGCAUUUCAUUUUAUUUUAGUGUAUCACUUUUUAAACUUUAAUCAAAUUUCCCCUCAGGAAUUAAAUAAGUUUUUCGUAUUUUAUAAUCUCUGCUGACAAACAAAAAAAAAGGCCCAUGAGUAUUUAUGUGAUUAAAUCUGCAGGAUUUUGGUAUGAAUGAUGUAUCCAAUGUAAAGCACUUUGAGGGUCUCUGAUAAAGCACUGUAUGAAAUCUGAUGCAUUAUUAUUAUACAAGGCUGUCAGGUUCUCCACAGUGAAGAUUUGUUUUUUAAUUCAUCAGUUUUAAUUCAACACUAGUCACUUUUGGACUGUAGUACAGACAAAGCAAGGAAUUUGUAAACAUAAUAUUGAGCUCUGGAGAACUUUUCUUUUUAACAAUCAUUUCAUCAAAAUUGUUCUUAGAAGGUUAUUCGACAAAGAAUAAUGUGGAGGGGAAAUGCCCAAGUUCCAGCUGAUGUGUGUUUUUUAACUGACAUAUGAAAUAUAAUCUGUAAGAAGAUGGUCGCCAUAAAAUUUAAAUUACAGAAGUAAAACCUUUUGUAAAAAUAAAAUCUUCUUUUACAUUGAGAAACAAACUCAAAAAUAUCGUUAACCCAUACUGUUUUUUGGAGUAAAAUAUUUUUACUGCAGUCUAAUCAGCUGUUUUCACUUCUGUUUCUGUUCAAAAGCCCCUGAAGUCCCAAGCAUCGAUAAGGCGUACUCCAAACGCAGUGACAGCAUCAGUGUGGAGUUUACAGAGGUUCCUGGGGCGACCAGCUACGUCCUGAGGGCGGAGUCAGUUGUUGGCCAUUUUUUCUCUGAAACUGUGGUAAGAGGCUCUCCUGGCACUGUGGUUCAGCUUCAGCCUCACACAGAAUACAAGCUGAGUGUCAAGUCCGUCAACUCCGGGGGGCAGAGCCAGCCAUCAGAACCCGUCGAGGCCCGGACAGGUGGGAACAUAACCUUCAACAGUAGAGUCCUAAAUACACCUUACUCUGUGGUCUAAGUGUUUCAAAGUGGAAAUGUGGUUUGAAAGUUUUUAUUUAUAGCUAAUAUUUUUAAUUUUCUCCACAAGUAUCAGCAAAAAUAAUCAUAUAAGUGAAAUAAUAAUUAACUUUUCUAUGAAGCUUUCACUUGUCCAGACAUUACACAUAGGAAGCAGUUUACAUUUGAUGCAAAUAAGUAUAUGAAGAGUGAAAUGCAGCCCUGCUGUUGUUCUUUUACAACAAAAGCUGGUUAUCUCACUCCGCCGGCCAUACCGGCUCGUCAUUUCACUGCCCAUUGUCACUGAGUCUCUACUCUUUGCAGCCAUUGCAGGAGGGUGGUAAUAGUAUCCAUGUCUCUGCACUCUGCUUUUCUCUUAAUAUGAAAAGCUAAACCAUGAGAACUGGGUUGUCUCCCUUCCCGAAGGAGAAAUCAAUGUAACAUAAUCACAGGAUUUUUUUUUUUUCAUUUAACACUUAUUACUAAACAAAUGCAAGUGAGAGAGUCAAACUGAGGCGUUCAUGUGUUUCUCCACAUAAAUCUAUUCUUAUAACCCCUCAUUAAUCUCUGCCUGUAUCUAUUUUAGUGGUGAUGGCACCCAAGUUGAACACAAGCUCACCUGACAAUGAAACCAUCCUCGUGACGUGGACCCCAGUGGAGCACGCUGUCCUCUAUACGCUCUGCAUCAUCCGACAAGGCUCCAGCUCCCGCCAUAAAAUGAACAUCACUGACACCAUGGUGAUUUUUGAUGAUCUCGAAGCUGGGACCACUUACUGCAUCAAGGGAACAGCCUGGGACUCCGAGGGUCGAGUCGGAGACGACCUCACUGUCUGUCAAAUCACACGUAAGAGCUAAAAGAAAACGUUUUUUUUAAAGAUGUGAAAGAAGAAAUACAUAAUUCCUGAAAGUCAUACACUAUAGACAAAGAUGGACAACAUGACAGAUCCCCAACAGUGAAGUCAAAACAUCCCAAACGCCCCCUGUGAUUGGCUGCAGGAUGUCAUAAAGUCCAUGUUGAAUCAAACUUUAAAUAGCAAUACAUGACCAGUCAUUUCUUACUAUCAUAAUAGAUAGUUCUUAUGAUGCUGAUUCAUGUCUGAGUGUUUCAAUUUUUCUGAAAAGUUUAAAGUUAGAGGAAUGUUUAAGGAAAACAAAACAUACACAAAGUCAUGGAACUUUCUGUGAUUAAGAUUUUCUGCUUUAAACUGACUUAAGAAACCGUAACACUGUAGACUCUGCAGACCUACAUCUGUUCUGUAGAUCAGUUUAAUGUUUUGGUUUGUGUCAGGGGUAGGACAAUAUAACCUAGCUCCUCCACUCAAAACCACUUGGAGAAUUCAACUCCAAACGCCAUCUACAUCACCAGAAUGCUAGUGCUCGUUGAAGGUGUAUUUUGGCCUUAUUUAUAUGGCCUUAUACUAAAUAGUUGAUAUGUAGUCACUACUUACAGAACACAACCCAGAGAUGCUGGUAAAUAUUGAUUAUCCUGUUUCUUAUUUUCCUUCUAAUUUUUAGGUCCUUCAAGACCAGUUGUGAUCCACGUCCAGGUGACCCCUGGUCGGAGUCCUGGGAUCAUGGCAUACUGGGAGCCAGUGCAAGGAGCUGAAAGUUACACAGCCUGGACCACUAGCGGCCAAAACUGCUCUUCGACAGGCAGUAGUAGUCACUGUUUUAUCCUACCUGUGGAAUGUGGACAGAACCAAUCUGUCUAUGUUACAGCCCAAAAUGGAGGUGGUUCCAGUGCUCCCUCACACCCUGAGGACUACAUGACAUGUGAGUAUGUCACACAGAACCACACGAAGUGCUAGCAUGCAUUCUCAAAAGAACAAUUUGACAGUGAACGCUAAGAAUUAGUGAGGAAGACUGCAGUUGUUCAGCUAAGCCUUGUAGAUUCCAUCUGAAUAAUCCAGAGUGUUUUUUUUUUUUAAACAGCUUGUUGUAUGAUUCUGUUUAAUUCUUAAGAAAGCAGAAAGAACACAAUAAUAUAUAUCAUAAUAUUGGUCAUUACAGCAUUACACUUUCUCUUGAAAAUAGAAGGAGAAUAGAAAUAGAAAUGAUAAGAAUAACUAAGGUAUUGCAAUAAUACAUAAUACAAAUAAUACAUCACUUUAAAACCACAGAAACAAAGUAUAAAGUGUCUUUAUAAGAAUGUUAUUUGUCUCUUCCACUGUUAGAUCCGUGUCCACCAGAGAACAUCUGGGUGGAGGAGCCCACAGCUGGAAACUGUGUAGUGGUGUGGGAUGAGGUGCCCUUGGUGGAGUACUACAUGGCUUUCAUAAAGAGAGACGAUGGGACGGAGGAGCCGUGUAACACCACUGAAACCUUGUGUCCAUUUUUCUGCAUGUGUGGGUACACCUACCUCACCACUGUCUUCCCCUACAACAGUGCUGGCUCGAGCCCCUACGCACCAGUCCGCAACUACACUACCAGUAAGAACACCAGCACUUACAUUCAGUAAAGUUAACUAUACAUACUUCAGUUUUUAAGCCGCAGGAAUUUUACCAUAGUUUUGUAUAACCUGAGCACAUUGAAGUUACUUGUGUGUACAAGGGGUGGGAAUCACUAGUGGCCCCAGGAUACGAUAUUAUCACGAUACUUGGGCCAUGAUACAAUAUUAUUGUUAUUUUUAACAUUUCGCAAUACAGUGAGUAUUGCAAGACAAUACAUUGUGAUUUUUUUUAAAAUUAAAAUGUUGAGCUAAUUUAUCAUUUGUCUUUCCUUCAUGUUUGUCUUAUUUACGCUGUAUUUUAUUUUCAUGUAGCACAUCUUGCAAACCUAAUAUAUAUAUAUUUGUUGUACUAACUUUCUCCUGCUCUCUGAUGUCACCUCUGCCAACCUCACUGAACAAACAAUUGAGUUUAUUUUUCCAUUAUCAUAGAUUUGACUUCAUAUUAGCAAUUAAUUUGAAAAAUCGAUAUUUGGUAAAUGACACGAUACAAUAUAUCACCAGACAAAAUAUUGCGAUUCCAUGCUGUAUCAAUUUUUUCUCCCACCCCUAGUGUGUACCUCAUCUUACAACCUGCAGUUCUCGAAAGUAACGUCAUAUAUAUCCCAACUAUCAAGGUAUUACUUUACAAUUUAAAUAUAAGACAUCACUACAGGGCUUUUUGGCAGCUGAAUGUUACUGAAACCAGAUGACGUUGUAAACCUGAAUACCCCACAAAGUCAGUGUUGUCAGAAUAAAGUUGUGCCAGAGCAGAUAUUUUGAGAUACCAGGCAGAAAAAGAUAGGAGUGUAUUAAUAUCACUUAACUGGCUAUUCUCUAUCUGGGCAUGCCACCUCUUCAACAACACCAUCCCCUUCUCAUUUAACACACUGGCAUGACUUUACUUGGCAUGAACCAGUUAUACCGGUAUACUCUGUAAAAUGAUCAAUAUUCAUAUUAGAAAAAGUAACUGCUGCUCACAACCUUACGUAACCAAAGUGAUAUUUAUUUCUGGAAAAAUAGCUGUGAAACGGACUAACUAUGUUUCAAAUACCUGCAGGUUAAUGUGAUGUAAAAAUAGGAUCCCUGAGAGGUUGAAGAUAAGCUUUGGUGUAGUUUUACACAAUAGUUAUGAUUCUCUUCAACAUUUUUGUUUUCAUUUCUCCUUCCCUUCUCUCCACCAGUUCCAUGCUGUCCAGAAGGUGUUGACGUACAGCUUGUUGCUACGGAGACUCUAGAGGUCAUGUGGUCACCGGUCAAAGGGGCUGAGCUGUAUGAGACAACAGCAGCACACACCAACAAUACUAUCCAGUGUAACGACACAGCACCUGUGUGUGCACUGUCAGACUUAAGGUGCAACACCGUUUAUUCUGUGACCAUCACUCCAUGCAGCGACUUACGAGGGUGCAACCGCACCUGCAAACCACACACGCACGAAACAGGUGAUGAACAAUGCACCACACAGUGAAAUACACCAUUCUCUGCAAUGACUUGUGAAAUGGAGGGUGGAGAUUUCGGUCUUGUUUGUUUAGACCUGAUCUCACCUCAUUUUUAACCAAAUUUCAACACUGAAAUACCAUCUCCCGUCUGUCCUGCUGCAGCUCCAUGUGCUCCAGAGAUCAAUCAAAUGAUGCAGAUCAGCAGCUCCACAUACAGAGUCUUCAUCUCUAACCCCAAUGACCCCAACACAAAUUAUACUGUUACUGCUACUGGACGCCGUGACAUACACAAAUGCCACACAAGAAACGGCUCCUGCGACCUCACACAGCUGCCCUGUGGUUCAACCUACGAGGUCAUGGCUGGGGCAGCAACAAUGGCUGGAACAAGUCUACCGGGAUACACCAAACCUUUAGAAACAGGUAUGAUGGUACGAUCGGGGACCAUCAUAUUACAUGUCAAACCAAUGUUCUUACUAAGCAAUAAACGGCUAUUAGACAACUAGUUUUUAUUUAAACCUAAUUUAACCGUCUAGGUUCUGUAUUUUAGACAUAAUUUAGAUGUUGCACUUUAACCGAUUAUUCGAUAACUAUUUAUUUCAAAAAGCAACGGUUAGUUGCAUGACUGAUUUCCCAGUACUUAUAUAAUUAUGAUAGCUGUUGAGCAAUAUACAGUGUUGUAUAAAUAUAGCCCAGAUUUAGACUUAGUCUAAAUUUGGUCUAAAUUUAGACGUCUGAAAAACUUUCAUUUUUAGACCUGUAGUAGCCUGGUUUUAGACCAGUCGUCUGGGUUACAUUUAGACAUCUAUUAAACCUCUUCAAGGCCAAAAAAUGCUCAGUGGGUUAUAACUGUAGCUGUCUGUAGUGUCCAUAUAAGAUAUUUCAUUCUCAAUCUAGUUAUCUUCAGAAAGAUUUUGAUUUCUUUAUUAACUUGUGAUUAAAUAUCUUCAUCAUAAAUACAACAUUGCAGUAUUGAUGGUUGUUUUCUCUUCUUCUUCCUGAGGUCCUUGUUGCCCCACCUUUGUGAAUGUCACUCAGGUCACUCAGGCUAUGACCAACGUGACCUGGUCACCUGGCAGUGGAGCCCGCUCCUACGUCACCUCACUGACUUCCUCACGAGGAUACGCAAAGUGUCACACACUUGACACCCACUGCCUGAUGGGAUGCAUCACCUGCAGCACCAACUACAGCGUCACUCUGGAGGCCAUCAGCAGCUCAGGACACAAGUCAGAGUGCAAAUAUCAUGGAUUCUCAUCAAGUGAGGACAAAAUCACACAAUUUUUUCACAACUGAUUUGUCAUUAGACAUUAUUCAUGCUACUUCAUGAAGUGAUUAAUUAUUUUAAUUGUAAAUUAAGGUACUUCUGCUCUUGAGAAAAUGAUAAGCAGAAAAAAAGACCAAACCAAAUUGAGAGUAACAUUUUUAAUUGCCCCAUUAAGAGACGAAUAAAAUCAAACUGCUGUCUUGAAAGUUGGACUUUUGUGGAGAAAAAGGAGAAAAAAACAUUCACGAUAACUAAACCAUUCAUUGAUAUUUUUCCUAUAGGUGCCUGUUGUCCUACAAGCCUCAAGCUCUACCGCAGAGCACCUCAAACCCUCAGAGUCUACUGGCGCAUCACAGGCCUUCUGAUCCUGAACCACACAGUAGAACUUUACGGUACGGGAGCCAACUACACCUGUAUCGCAGCAACUGGCAGCAAGUACUGUGACAUACAGGAGGAAACAUGUGGAGACGUGUACACAGUGGUCGCAGCCCCGGUGGGACAGGACGGGAUGAAAGUAAACUUCUGUCAGCCCAGGACAUACUCAGGUGAGUCUUAAGCUGUAUGGAGGGUGUUAUCUAUGAAAACAUGGAUGGAACAAUGGAUGUUUUUUUCUUGUGAUUUAUGUUGGAAUUGUGUGAAAAGCAGUAUAUUUUUUUCAUCUACAGUUCCCUGUCCUGGAAGUAAUGCUGGAAUGAGUAAGUGUCCUCUUUAUCUUUGUCAAGUUUUAUUAAAUUUGUGUCUGACUCUGUGUUUAGUGAAAAGACACCGUGUCCCCUUGUUUGAAGUUUCUAUAUUUACUCAAUCAAUCUGAUAAAGUACCAAUUCACAACAAAUGUUAUCUCAAGAUGCUUAACAAAAAGAGCUGGUCCAGACCAAACACAUCAUGAUAUUUGCCAAACAUAAAAAUGGGAUAAAACUGAGUCCCAUCUUGUAAGAUCAGACCCACUCAGAUCUUUAACGGCGAGUGUCACACUUUGCAGCAUUUAGCAAGUUACAGUGGAGAGUAAAUACAUUGAAAUUAGCUUUCUAGUAGUGACAAAAGUAGAAAGACUGUUGUUAAUAGAUCAACAUUAGCUCUGUAUCAGUGUUGUAGUUGAAGGAGCUGAAGAGCAGACAUGUUUACAGCAGCAGCAACCUAGAGGAACCUGCAGCAUGAGGGAGCUCAGGAACUCCAGGAAAAGACUGUCUGUUUGUGAUUUUAAUGGGACAUGAUGGUUCAAAGUUAACGACACAGACAGAGGUUAGAGAAGAAGAGAAAGGUGGUCAGUGUGCCAGUCCCCCCAGCUGUCUAAACCUGUAUCAGCAUAACUAAAAGCUGGACCAAACCUGAACCAGCCCCAUCUAUAAGCUUUAUCAAAGAGGAAGUUUUUAACCCUACUCUUAGACGUAGAGAGUGUCUGCCUCACUUGCUUGACUUAGUUUAACAAACACCUUCACCUGAGAACAUUUUCAAUCUUUUGUAGAUAAAAAGUAAAACACUGCUAUAGCGAAGUAAUCUAGAACUCUAACUCCAAAAUAAUGACGCACUGAUGUUUAUCUGUUGUUUUCAGUGAUCUCUCGGGGAAGACGCAGUGGGCAUUAAUCAUGGUAAGUUUGUUGUUAUCCAUCUUCCCAUGGCUUACAGUGCUUUGCCCUCGAAACACGUGUUAUGCAACCUCCUGAGAACAGCAACGUGCAUCUGCAUUUGUUUUGUUAUUGCGAACAUGUGAAAGACACUGAUAGAGGCUUGUUUCACAGGAAAAAUCUGUUGUGCUACUUAACGGCUUCAAGAGUAUAACGUUACAGCACCAUACGCGGGCUUAAAUUGACAGCAUUUUGAUAGAUAUCAGUGUUUAGUUGAACAAAAGGGGAACAAACACGCAGCUCAAGUGAGAUCGAUUUCUAUCAGCUGUUACUUGUGGGACUUUUCAAACACUGUCUUUAAAACAUGGAAAAGAACAAAGAGGAACGUGACUGAGGUAAAUGACGAUGGAAAGCUGCUGCGGGAACGUGACACAGAUGUCUUAUUGGGAAUGUGAUAGGUGGAUGUAAUAUGAUAGAAAUGUAUCGGCCGUUGACUCAUUAUGACAAAGCUGAAUUUGUCUUUUCCCUUAAAAAAAACAACAACAAAUCUUCCAACACAAAACGCCCACACACUGAGCAAUCUGUACUGAUGCUAUGAUGAGACAACAGUUCUGUUUUUCCCUCCCAGUUAUGUUGAUAACUUCUGUUUUGUAUCUUUCUUGCCUUCGCAGUGAACCUGUCUUCUCUGCCCACUACCACCACCAACCACCGAACAUGGACAAAGGAAUGUGUUUACACCACCAGCAACUUGAAGACUUGAUUUACUGAAAUUAAAUAUCGCUCCUGUUUAGAGAAACCUCUGUGGUUACUGCUGUUUGCAUGUACAGGAAUAGCUAUGAAACACUCACAACUAUAUUGUAAAGCUAUAAUGUAACCAAGGGGGGCACAUAAAGAUCUGGGGGAACAUAAAUAUUCGCUAUACUGCUACUGAAAUGUCUAAUAUUUUGUAUGUAGAGCUGCCCUCUUAUUAUGACAUAUUGUAGCCACUGUAACAUAAAAUGCCUCGAUAAAGAAACUUGACAGCGAAACGCCCACAAAAAUAUGGAAAUGAUGAGUUAAAUAUGUUAAACAAAGAUCUUAGGACUUCUCCAAGUAGAAGACCUCCAUACGGCGGCCUGAUGACAUGUCUGUGGGUUGUGGGUUGGUGAUUCAGAAUGGGGUCAGAGCUAAAAAGUGGGGCAGGAGGUAUCCACCUGUUAGCCUGGAGUCAUGCCUGGUGAGUCCUGUGGAUGAUACGUCUGAUCAAAUUGCUGGAGAUAGAUUCAAUGUUUUCUCUGCUUUCAUUGGAUUUUAUCCUCAAUUGACAGUCGAAAACAAUAAAACACAUUGAUCACAUUCCUGUGUGUUGUGUCAUCAAUCAUCUUGUCUGUGUCUUUGUGAUGCUGUAUGAUGGAUUUCAUCCACAGAUGUAUCCCGGAAGUAUAGGUCUAUCAGGGAGACUCUGUAAAGUAGGUCUCCUCCUUUCAGGGGAACUGUCACAGAAUACCUGAGUAACUUACUUUGACUGACCUUAAAAGUUGUAUAACUGACCCUUAACUUCACAUUUAUCCCACAUGUAAUACAGGGGUAAUAACCCGACUGGAAGGAUGAUGAUACAUUUGUACAGCAGGGCAAGCACACAGAGAAAGCUGCUUAUCCACAUUUAUCAAACACAGAGGAAUUUUUUGUAUAAUUUAAUGUUGGAUCUUUUGUUCUGAAUGACUGAAAAAAAGGGCUUUAGUAUCACCAACACUUCUAUUAUAUCAUAGGUGAGUGAUUUCCAGAGAGUAAACGAAUAAGAAGGAUUAACUGGAUAGUUUUGAAUUUUCAAUAACUGAAAAACCAUAUCUAUGUGCACUCCCACCGUUUAUCCCCCUAACCCAUAUGGAAAUUAACAGACAGAGCAGCAGAAUGUAAUAACAGAGAGUGAACUUUUUAGACCGACUUUCUGAAUAGACACUUUUAUAAAUCUUCUUUACUGCUAACACCCUACAAAAGAUUUAUUCGUAAAAACACAUUUGGAUACGACAUAGAUGAAGCCCUGUAUGAAACCAUAAUUUGUCAAACAAUUUAUUGAAUUAAAAAAAAAAAGUUCUUCUUAUCUUAUCUUAUAAGAAAUUACACUGAAUCCAUUGUAAAACAUAUACAAGUUACCUCUAAUUCAGGGUAACUUCUCAUUAAAUGUAAACUACAAACAGUUCAUGAGGUUAUAGAGCCAACAGCAAAUCAGAGUCUGUGCAGACUCGGGAUAAAUGCUAACAAACGUGUCGCCGGAAAGCGCUUGAGACUUUUCACGCCAUUUGUUGCCUCAAUUGACAUUUUUCCAAAUCCAUUACUAGCCUUAUGCACUAUUUUUUUUUUCAUUACAGCAUAAUGUAGCUGCAGUUUGUUAGUCUUUGUAAACCCAUUUAAAGUAAAUCACGUGAUAUAGCAGGGUAUGCAUAAGCGCAUUGUUAGUCAUUGACGAAUUUAUCACACUAGACAGUCAACAAGGUUUGAGGUGUCAGACCAUCUUUUCACUUUCUCGGUCACAUCCAAAAGAACAGGAGUAACAGCCAAAAUGGCAGAAUUUUGGUUAAAGACAAGUUUGUAGAAGAAUGGGAGAGAUUAUAUUGGGUUAAAAGGUUUUUUUUUCCAAUUUGUGUCAUGUGGACUUGAUUCCACUUUGAUGAGCUGUUUCUUUAUCAUCAUUUUGUCAUUGUAUUACCUUUUUCUCAUUUUAGCUCAACCAACCUGUAGCAUUUUUUCAGUGUGAAGUUUCCAUAUCCUGUUGGGUAAAUUGCACAACUUCCUGCCAUUUAUCUAGCUUUGUAUUCACACUUAGAUCUCCCAAAAUUAAAAAUGUACUCUAAUAAAUUGUUUGUUGUAACCUAGAUGGAAAAAGUAUUCUGAUUAAGCUCAUUUCCCAUCCUAAAAGCAUGGUGACCAGGAAUCCUAGAGUCAAGCAAUAACAAAAGAUAAAAAAUAAAUGAAUAAAAAAAAAAAAAACAUUUUGAGUAAUGUACAUUUAUCCCAGAACAUCUUGGUCUUACAUGCGGAGGAGCUAUAUGACACUCAAGAGAAUACAUUUCAACGUGACGGUCUGCAUGUACACAAUAGACCUGAAGACAAAAACAGGCGGCAGGGUAGAGCUGGAAACACAAAAGUGUGGAUCUAUUGUCAGAGGAUCUUUGUCACACACUGCAACAUACAACAAGCUAUCACAUUCUUUUACAUAACCCCCAUCAGCAGAAUACGCUGAGCUUUAACUGGAGUGUCGAACAUAUAACAAAGUGAAACUCCUUCCAGCCAUACAUCGAGAUUCAACCAGGACAUAUAUGAGACUGUGAAAGUUUGUAGUUUGAAAAUCCUGAGUAACAAAAAUUAUCGAUUUGAAGGAUCUGUUUCAAGGUGCUUUUGAAGAAAAAAAACUCUUCAAUGUUUAAUCAUUGACCAAAACUUUAAUAAGAGGUAAAGCAGCUUUUUAAUUAGCUUUUAUAUCAGGUAAUCUUUGAAAACUGUUUCAAAGUUUUAAAUUACUUCUCGUCAAGUAUGGGGUCACAGGUCUUUUAACAUGCAGGACAUCAAAACAAAACAUCUUAUCAAUUGUCUAAUCUAUAUCAGCUAUUUCCACCUUGUGCACAGUUUCUCCUGGCGUGCCUCAGAGAUCAAGCGCAGGACCACUUUGAUUCUCUUUCAUUGCGAUCAGAGUCACAUUCAAUGUGAAGUUAUACAAUUUGCAGAUGACACGUUUAUAAGAAUCCUGCUGCAAAAAUAAAUGUGUUCGAGCUUGAUUUUAGUAAUGCUUGUAAUUAGCUGUUUAAUAUUUUUUAAAGUUUUGUCUAAGAGUAAUCUGUUGGAAUUUUUGGGAAUGUAAUUGCAGAAAUAUUCCUGUGUAUUUGAAUUUCCUGAAUCUAUGCCUUAGACGGAACCUGUUAUAUCUGCAGUGGGACUGAGACUUAUUUGAUGGAUCCAACCCAUAUUUUACCUCUAUGAUGUAAGAGCAGAAUUAAGUACAAAAAACAAACACUAGCAAGAAAGGAACCAUUGCAUUUUUUGUUUUACAGCCACUGUGGGCCUAUCCUCACACCCAGAAAGACGAAAAUGAUUUGGGAUUUUGUGAUCAAUCUGAAGUGCUGUGAGUGGAAAAAGUUUUGAACAAACUUGCUUUGAAAAGAAAAAUGCACAAAGUAAGUCUAAGAGAAUCAAAUUUAAUACUGUGGGACAAAUGAAGAGUAGCUAUUAUACAAUAAUGCAUAAUGACAGAGCAUUCUCGAAGAUAUAUGACAUCAAUCCAGGAAGGAUGUGGCAGGGGGAACUUAAUUCCCUUGGCCACUCAGAGUGAGAUACAAUGGAGAUCACAUUACCUUACAGAAGGCCAAUCCUGUUUCUACAAGGAAGUCCAGUUUUUUAGAGAAAUAUUGAUAAUGUGAACGUAAUAAAUAUCUAUUGUUGUAUCUCAUUUAACCCUAAAUGGCAUGUCUUUGAAUGUGAAAGGGUCUCCAGUGGGAUGAAUUGAAACAGGAUGUAAAUAUUCCAGUAACAUAGAGGAAAUGCAGGUUGACUGUAAGGGGAUGGGGGAUGCACCCCCACCUCCACCCAACAAACAUACUUUGUUUCCUUCUCAUGAUGACAGGUAGCCCACAGGCACCUACUUGUCCUAAUUUGGAACGAUGUGAUUGGUUCUCGUGAAGUUGAUCUACAGCACUCGGCCUCCAAAGGUUUCAGAAUAUGAGCUUUUUGGUGCAGACCCUCUUAUGGAUGUAACGCUCUGAACUCUGGCUUUCAUAAUGGAUAAGAUCAGGACUUUUUAUUUAUCGGUCUUCCUGUUGUCUGUCAUACAGGUACUUUUCUAAAUAUUUAACUUUUUUGAUUUUAUUUUGUAAUAACAUUGUGCAUUGUAAAUUUCUAAUUUAUUCAUUUUAUCUUUUUUUUAGAUUCAAAAUGUUUUCAUGUCAGGUGAGUGUUGCUGGAACUUUUGAUGAGGAUUUCUGAAAUUUCUAUCUGCUUGCAAGUGAUUUUAAGUCCACUGAUAUUGUAAUAGCAGUUAAAAAAGGCAGUAGUAAUGACUUAGGUGUUAUUAGAUAAGUGUUUCAUUCAAAUUUUAAUAAUUCGGUUGAAUCAUGUAGGAGCACAGAUCAUUUUAGACUUAUAACAGGUGAUAAAACUAAUAAUUUAUUGUUAAGCUGAUAUACUAUCAUUAAGAAAAACCCAAAUUGACUCAGAAUGACCUAAAUGAAACAUUACAGAAUAGAGGCACAGCUGACCAAAAUCUAAUACAAAGCUAGUAUUGGGAUAAAUUAAGUAAAAAAAGAAAACAGGAAGCUUGCUAACAGUGCUGAAUCUUGAUGAACCAUCUCCUCUGUGGUUAACCUCUAACAUAAAGACACACUGCUUGAGGUUUAAGGUGGGUUAGAGUAAGAGAUCAAAUUUACUUCAUCCCAAGAGGGCCAACACCUCACAGACAAAAAACAUAAUGGUCUAACAAUCAAUGUGAUGCACGUAAAUCUAAAAUUACCUGUGUGACUACUUACACGUUACUGUCCUCCAGGGAAUCUGUUGUCUGUCUUUCUUUCAUCCUUUCUUUCUCUCUCUUUCUUUUUAUACAAAUACAUUGAAGAAAAAAAAAACUUUUGUGUAAAAAUAAGUCAGUCUGAAAUUUUAGACUCAAUAGCCAAUUUCUUGGCUAUUGAGUCACUAGGCAAGUGAAAGUAUUGUAUUAAAUAUAAGUAUUAAGUACUGUGUUAAAUUUUAAAAAAAGUUGAAUUUAUACAAGAUGUUUUUCAAAAUACAAAAUAUGCUUCACUCUUGACACUAGUGUUCAAUGAUUAGUGAACACAAAUUAAUGCUUUUUUUUCUUUCUUUAUUACUUUUGUUUUAUACAACAUAUAUAUUCUGAAAGUUCCCUCAGGAUCAAUAAAGUAUCUCUAGACACUACUGCAAGUUAUUCAAUAUGCAGAUGACACAUUUAUAAGAAACCUGUUACAAAAAUAAAUGUGGUGGAGCUUGAUUUUAGUAAUGCUUGUAAUCAGCUGUUUAAUAUUUUUUAAAGUUCUGUCUAAGAGUAAUUUGUUGGAAUUUUUGGGAAUAUAAUUGCAGAAAUAUUCUGGUGCAUUUCUUUUUUCUUUAUUACUUUUGUUCUUUACACCAUAUAUAUUCUGAAAGUUCCCUCAGGAUCAGUAAAGUAUCUCUUGACACUACUGCAGAUGACACAUUUAUAAGAACCAUUCCAAUGGUUGAACAUAAAGUAUCCCUAGACACUACUGCAUUGUGUUUCAACAUGAGUGUCCUGUUUUCCUUUUUUUUCAGGGUGUGAUAUUACUUCGGUGACAUCUCCCUCAGCAUCCACACUGCAGCUACACUGGAGUAGCUACCCUGGAGCUUCAGUCUAUUUACUGAACUUAAAAGUUGUGAACUCUACCAGUAUCGCCCCUGUGGUGGUGACGCAGUCAGCACCCAUCACACAGAGGCUGAUUCAGGGGCUAAGACCUGGACAUGUCUAUGAAGUCACACUCAAGGUCUUAGAGUACUACUCUGUUAGGUGCACAGACGCUGUAAUAACCAUGACAGGUGAAAGACCAGUCUUUUUAAGUAUUCAGUAACAUAAAUGAUGAUCCAUUUGUCUAAUAAUGCAUUCAUCUUUAAUUCCCACAGUGCCAGCCACCACUCAGAUCACUUUUUCCAAAGCCAUUUCGAGUACAUCUAUAAGAUUCGAGUGGUCCAAUGUGACAGGAGCAGACAGCUACAUCUUAUUUGUGGAAGAGUUGUUUAGUGUCCCCACAAGAAGAGUCAACCAGACCUUCACAACUCUGAGUGGGCUAGUUGAUGGCCUGACUCCAUCUACCACCUACAACUGUUAUGUUUACGCCUCCAACAGUGCUGGAAGAGGUGCCAGGAGUGGUAUAAAGACCGUCAUGACAUGUAAGUUUACAAAUGUUUACGUUGGUUGUGUUGAUUUUUAUUCAGACAGAGUUUUAUUUUUGGAUGAAACAUUGCAGAUGAUUUGUAAAAGCAUCUUGAUUUUCCUUCAAAGUGGUGCAGCCACCGACAGGCGUGACUGUAGUGAAGACAGGAAAGAGUACAAUCCGAGUGACGUGGAACUCAGUAAACAAAGUCCUGCUGUAUCAAGUGAAGGUGAGCGACACUGACACCAGCAAUGACCCAGUCUACAGGAAUACUUCCUCCACAUCCAUGAACGUCGGUAAUCUGGAGCCCUGCUCCACCUACACCAUCGGAGUAUCUUCAGUCAAUACCUUCUUAGUUCCUGGAGAAGCUGCGAAUGUUUCAUACACUACUUCCAGUGAGUAUCUUAGAGAUGGGUUUUUAGAUUAGUGAUAUGUUCAUCAAAACUACUGUGCUUGCAUGGACAUGGAAAUUAAUAUCAAGUACUGUUCACACACAAAUGUCGUAAAUAUGGGCAAUACAUAUACUUAGCAGACUUCUGAAACAUAUUUAACAUUCUUUCAAUUACUAAAAUCUAUGAAGUGGGCCAAGUAGGUCAUUACCUUUGAUUUUUCAAAGGCAAUGACCGGUCAGAAUGGUGUGUUUAAGUCUUUUGACUUUUAAAAUAACAAUACAGGGUGUCUGACAUUUCAGUAGGUAAUGAAACACAAGGCCUCAGGCAGAGCUAGCUGCCUCUUUACUGAAAAUGAUAAUGUAAAGAGAGGCCCAAACCAUUCGCGAGCAAGCAAAGGUAAGCUUAGAAUGUGAGGUAAAAAAUCUUAUAAAAUCAGAUUCAGCCACUAAUGGAAGCUGGUGGGCUAAAACAGAUCAGGUGUUGCACUGAAAUCAAGAAUAGAUAAAAACUGUGGCCUAGUUUAGCAAAGUCUAAAAAACACAGUAUGUAUAUCAUAAUACUCUCUAAGGCAUGACAAUGGAGAAACAAAUGGCUCUAUUUACAACAUUGACAAAAUGUCUGAAUGUUUUUCUCUAGCUAUAAAUCCAGUGACGACCAUCUCUGUGGAGUACAGCUGCUCCAGCAGCAUGGUGAUUGUAACUUGGGACUUGGUGUUUGGGGCUAACUGGUACAGGGCCACGGCUGUUGACGGCACAGGAGAGUCCCUUAACUGUACAUCACCCAACAGCAGCUGCCAGAUCACUUCACUCAAAUGUGGUGAGAAGUAUGUAGUCCACGUUACAGCCAUCUCUGACGACUGCGAGAGCACCUCCAAUACCUCCAACUUGUUUGAGACAGGUGAGUGGAGCACAUGCGCAUGAGGGAACUUUAGAUGUGCUUGUAUUCAUCUAUUGUCUGUACCCCAUACUGUAUGUCUCUCACAUGCAUCCACACAGCUUCUCGUUUUACCUCUCACUCUCACACCUCUGGACAAACUCUCAUGUCUCUAUAACAGACCUUCUAUAGGUUUGUCCUGUGGGAAGCUGUAUGGAUUCCUCCCAUGGUGUCCUAUGUGCUUUUCUCAUGAUGAGUGCUGAUACACGCCCGCUCAUUAGCCACUGAGAUCUGCCACCCAACACCAGUCAGUUUGAAGGAUCUUUAUAGUCUAUUGAAGUCAGGGAGUUAUCUCAAAGGUCAGCAAUGGAGUCAGUCUAGAUUAAAAGAAAGAGGAGACACACACACAUAUACAAACAUGCACACACAACCAGCCCAAGGAAAUAAUCCAGUGACUAGCACACACAACAAGCACUCAUGCCUAUUCAUUCAAAUGAAGUGGUGCUUUUAUGUAAGAGAUACCAACGAUGAAGUGUGUAUUAUUAGAAAAAAAAAGAUAAUUUUCUAUUAACGAAGACUUAAAAGGACAACCUUGCACAUACGCUGGUCACUUACAAAUUGAGGCGUAUUUAUUCAUAAUUUAAACCCUUUUCCAUUUAGGUAUGAAGUUUUUAAUUAGUCAUAGGGGUGUUGAGGGUUGAAUUUAUACCCUAAAUGAUCACUGCAACCCCUUCUCCUUCAUCAACUGUUACACUUUAUUCUCUGUCUCAUUCCUCCAGUCCCCUGUGCUCCAGCCAACCCUCACACCAUUCACGACUGUUCCAGCAAUGUGAUUGUCUUCAGCUGGCAGCCCACCAACAACACCUUCUACUAUGUGGCGACGGCCGUGGACAAUGCUGGCAAAGUGACAGAGUGCAGGACACCAGAUAACACGUGUUACUUUACAAACACAGGCUGUGGUCAGUUAUACAGGUACACCGUCCACGCCAUCAGCUCUGAAUGCAACAGCGAGGAGAGCCCCCCUGAAUUUGUCCAGACCUGUGAGUAUUUUUUGAUUUGUUGGUGACUUGAUUAUUAUUAUAAGAAGAUUGCAGAAGUUCAUGUUAUGUCAUUCAAUGAAGACUGUUACUGAUUUUGCCUAAGUUUAAUGCAUAAUAGGAAAAAUUCACCAAAAGAGUGUCCCUUAACUUGUGCACAUUAUAACCACUUUUAACACUUAUUCCUUACAUUUCCUCAGCUCCUUGUCUGCCAACAAACAUUAAAACAGCAGAUGUGUGUGACCCCAACAAGCUCAUCACCACCUGGGACUCUGCUGCUGGAGCUCUUUCCUACACAGUAGAAGCACAAGGAAACACUGGAGAAACCUACAACUGCACCUCCAACUCCACAAACAGCUGUGCAGUGACCGGUGUGCCAUGUGGUGAACACCUCAGUGUGUAUAUCGUUGCCUCCAAUGACAAAUGCACUACCAACAAGGUGCUGGGAGAAGUGGCUCAGACAGGUUUGUACCCGGAUAUUUCUGUCAGUUCAUAAUCCUGUUUAAAGUUACUGGAUUGCGUGAAUGAAGUCUGGCUUUCUCAAGGAGAGACCGUUAUUGAACCAAACUUUUUCCCCUCUCUCCAGUUCCAUGUUCCCCAAAAAAUAUUGGAGUGUCAGUCAACUGCAGCCAAGAUUCUGCCACAGUAAACUGGACAACGAAUAUCGGGGCGAUAUUCUAUAUUGCCACUGCUACAGAUGCAUAUGGAAACUCAAAGAGCUGUAAUUCAAUGGGCACCAACUGCCUUAUCGAAGGUCUGCAGUGUGAACGCAAUUACAACGGCAGCGUAAUCGGCACCAAUCUGAAGUGCAAUAGCACCAUCAGUGAGGAGAUCGCCUUUACGACAGGUGGGUCAGAGAGGGCAUGUUCAGACAUGAUUUUGCUGUUUAACGAUACUGAUUUUGAUGUGUGAAUGUAAUGAAAAAUAACAACACUGAUGGCUAAAAUUUGAAAUAGGUUACUUUCUACUGAACAUCCCAAACAAGUAGACUCUCUGUCUUUCCAUCAGGUCCUUGUCCUCCAACUAACAUUGAGGCUUACAGAGACUGUGACGCCAACCAUGCCGUUAUAGUCUGGCAGAACCAUCGACCCGGCAGCCUCCACACAGCACUAAUAGAAGAUCAAAAUGGAUCUCAGCUCAAUUGCACCAGCAACACGUUCAACAACUGCACAAUCACCUCUCUACCAUGUGGGAGGAGAUACAGCGUCACUGUCACCUACAAUGAUGGAACGUGUCUGUCCACCUCAACACCCAUCAGCAUGGACUCAGGUAGGAAAAUACAGGAAUUAAGCUGUUUCUCUGCAGAAGAAAAUGAACCUUUAGAAACCCUUAUGGUGUCUUGUUUUCUCCUCUGUCAGUGCCAUGUGGUCCUGAAGAUGUGAGGGCGAGUGUGGACUGUCAAACCGGUGAGCUGACAGCUACCUGGAACAUCUCAGUUCCUGCAGACAACUAUACCACCAUCAUCUCUAGAGGCGUGGGCCAGCCUGUGCCCUGUAACUCCACAACAACACGGUGCACCACAGGAGGUUUGCUGUGUGGAAGCUUAUACACGGUGACCGUCUUCUCUGUCACUGGGAUGUGCAACAGUCUGCCAAGCUCAGGGGUCACGGUGCAAACAUGUGAGAAAUACGUUUGUCAUCAUCAUUAGGAUUUAGACACAGGAGUAAUGAUUCCCAAGUAAAGUCUUAAACUUCUCCUUUGUCAUCUGCAACCAGUGCCGUGUCCUCCCACCAACAUCAUGGCUGUACACACCUGUGCUCCGGAUCCUGUUCCUGUGUCCUGGGUGGCCAGUGACAGCGCUAAAGACUACACUGUGGUUGCUGUGAGUGGUGGGGGUCAUACAACAGGGUGCACGACCAAUACAACUUCCUGCAGCCUCUCGAAACUCCAGUGUGGGGAGGUUUACACCAUUGGGGUUUCAGGAGUUGAUGACAACUGUACAGGUCACCUGAGCGACACUGUCUCUUUAUGGACAGGUAACACUACCAACAGUGUCUUAAGAGAUUCCUUAAACUGCAGUACUUUUCUCAUUAAAGGAAUAUUCUGGCAUAAAAUAAAUUUAGGGUCAAACACACCGCAACACCAAGUUAGACAUCCCCUUGAGAGAUGAAUGUUGCCGAGCGCUUGCUUCUCUAGUUAUACCAACUUUAGUAACAACCGUACGAUAGCAAUACACAUCGGUCUGAGGAGCCAUAAACAAACCUAACCCAAAACGCCACUCUAUAGCCACAAAUAAUGCUCAGAACAGCACCUAACUUCAUCAACAGUACAUAUAGGGUCUUAGCCAUAGUACUAACCACCAAACAUCCUUUUUACUUUGCCUAAUUUCUUCAGCAAUUUCUUCAGUUGCUGUUCUGAACAUUAUUUGUGGCUAUAGAGUGGCGUUUUGGUUGAGGUUUGUUUAUGGCUCGUCAGACCGCUGUGUAUUGCUAUCGUGCGGUCGUUACUAAAGUUGGUAUGACUACUGAAGCAAGCAGUCAGCAAUAUUCAUCUCUCGGGGGGGGGGGGGGGGGGGUGUCUAAAUCUGUGUUACGGUGUGUUUGACCCUAAAUUAAUUUUACACCAGAAUAUCCCUUUAACAGAGCACUUUUUAAAAACUUUAUUAAACUACAAACUUUAUUUACAGUAGUUGAUGUUUCAUUUGUUUCUCUUUCCAGAGCCGUGUCCUCCCUCUAAUGUAUCCAGUCAGCUGAUGUGUAGUGCAGAGGUUGCUCAGGUGCACUGGGCUCCCAGUGCUAAUGCAGUGAACUAUUCUGUGAAAGCCACCAGUAACGGCCACACACUCACAUGCAGCAGCUCGAGCCCAAACUGUACUCUGAGUAACCUCAUCUGUGGCCAGGCGUAUGACAUCACUGUGAAAGCCACUGAUGGCACCUGUACCAGCAACUCCAGUGCCCCCUUACGGCAAGACCAAGGUACAUUUGUCCUGGCAGGGAUUACUGAUUUCUUGCUUUAUACUCAUUUAUACUGUCAAGGAUAGAAAUAAGAUAUUUAUCCAGUUUCCUAAAAUGUAAGGCAAGCUAGCUAGCUGUUAGCUUUGGUUAUCAUAUAAAAAGCAUGCAGCAAGGGCAAACACUAAAUAAUAUGUUGUUGGAAGUAGUAUCACAAAUAACUUGGCUUUGAUAGUUGAAUCACAAACUUCAACUUUGUUACACCUUUUUGAUUUCUUCCCUCCUUCUUUCUCUCCAUCAGUCCCUUGUGCUCCAGCAAAUGUCACUACAAACCUGAUCUGUGGCACCAAUGACUUGAUGGUCAGCUGGUCCACUUCUGAUGUGCCCCUCAACUACAGUGCUGUCGCUAUGCCAUUGGCUGGAAAUAUCAGUCCAGUCACCUGUGACUCUAGUAGAGCCAACUGUAGUCUGCGAGGCCUUCAGUGUGGACAGACCUAUAACGUCUCCGUCAAAGCUUCUUCUGACAGCUGCAGUGGACGGUUUAGCCCCCCACAGACCAUUCAGACAGGUAAUAAAGAAGUCAAAAAAUAAGGGUGGUUAUUUUGUGAAUCUUGUUUUUUACCUUGACUGAUUUUUGUGCUCUGGGCUGAUCUUCUCCAGCACCCUGCUCACCACAGAACCUCACAGCAGUGACGGACUGCGGUUCAAACUCACUCCUGGUCAGCUGGAGAGCUUCUCAUGGUGCUACCUCCUACACUACAACAGUGACGGGUCCAAACGGCUUCUCUGAAUCCUACUCCUCAUCAAAUCUCACAUCGUCUGUCUCUGGUCUUCAGUGCGCCAGUCAGUACAAUGUCCAAGUGACGUCACAGGACGGCCAAUGUACCAGCUCUGCGAGUCACACUGUCUUGAUGACAGGUUGUAUUCACUUUUUUCUACACGUCUCACUUAAAUUAGAGUUUCCUCAACUUAAACUCCUUCAUGUGACACAUAUCUCCCCUCCUCUCUUCCUUUAGGACCAUGCGACCCCAUGAAUGUGACUAGCGUGCUCCAGUGCGGUUCAGGCACAGCUACAGUGUCCUGGACAGCUGCUCCUGGGGCUGUUGCUUACACUGUGCUCGCUAAAGACCACACCUCACAGCAAUCCUGUAGGAAUAGUUCAACUUCCUGUCAGCUGAAACAGUUGCAGUGUGGAAAGGUUUACAACCUGACUGUGGUGGCAGAGGGUAACACCUGUAACAGCACGGGAAGCAUCAAAACUAUGCUGAUGACAGGUAGAGAAGAGAAACAGAAGAAGUGAAACAAGAGUUUAUAGUCUAUUGAGACAUAAUUUCGCCUUGACUGAUCCUUCUCCUUUUUAUUUGCCUUGUUCAGCUCCCUGCGCUCCAUCAGUCAAAAACAGCAAUCUGAUCUGUGGCACCAAUUCUUCCUCUCUGUCAUGGAUGCCGAUGGCCGACGCCACAGGUUACACUGUUAGUGCAACGUCCACGAGUGGACACACAGUUUGGUGCAACUCAGCCACUGCAAACUGCACCCUAAUGGGUUUAACGUGCAGUGAAACUUACACAACUACAAUCACUGCAAAGGGAAGCGAGUGUGACAGUGCACCCGGCCCCAGCAUCAACAUCACAACAGGUGAGUGUGAUGUGAUGAGUGUGAGUGGUUCAUGUGUGCAUGCAAAAUGUCCCCCCCCCCCCAAGUAAACACACAUCUAUAUCAUUUCACGUACUCUUCUUUCAGCACCCUGUCCUCCAACUAUCAUAUCCAAGGAAUAUACUUGUGACACAAAGAAAGCAGUGUUCAGCUGGACUGCCCCCGCGGGACACAACAGGUUUUUGGCUCAAAUAGCAGGAGGAGAUUUUAUGGCUAUCUGCAACACUACGAACUCCAGCUGUGAGUUUAAGCGUCUUCCUUGCGGCUUGGAAUUGAAUUUAACGGUUCAGGCUGAGGGGGCGCAGUGCAGCAGCAACCCAAGCAUCAGUGAAACCAUCGAAACAGGUACUACAUGCACUUGUAUAUUACUCAUAAUUACCCUAAGAAAUAUUGUAAGUAAUAUGACAAAUGUGUUAUAUGUGGAAAAACUUGGAUUACAGAUCUGACACUAGAAACUCUACAAUUGUAAUCAGCAUUUUGUUGGUAUAGUGUCACAAACAGAACAAUGCUCUUGCUACCUUCAAAGGCCACUAAAUUUACCCACUGAGGACUUUUAACUCAAUAUUCGCCUUUGCCUAAAACCACUAACCAUGGUGACCUUUUUUCAAUGUGUCAAACAUAAAUGAGAACUCUGCAUUUUAAAGGUCUAGAGGGUGACAAAUUUAGCCAGACUAGCUGUUCCCCUCUAUUUCCAGUCUUUGCACUAAGCUUUGCUACAGGUACCCAGCUCCUUCCUCAGACUCUAAGACAGCAGGAAAGCGUCCUCACAUAUUUUCCAUGAUAUGUCCCACAAAAUACUCAUAUUAUUCACUUCUCUGUAUAAUGUUUUCUUCUUCUUUCCACAGUCCCAUGUGCCCCAGAGAAUGUCAGCACCUCCAUGGCCUGUUUUAAUCGCUCAGCCCUGAUGAUGUGGGUAGGAAACCCCAGUGCUACAGGGUACAAUGUGACAGCCACAGGCCAGGAUGGAAGGACACACCAUUGCCAAACUAACACAACCAGCUGCCAGCUACCUGACAUCCGCUGCGGUGAAACUUACAACACCACAGUGACGCCGUACUCCAAAACAUGCACAGGAAACCCAAGUGCAGCUUACAUCUUCAGAACAGGUAAGCAGAGACGAGAGGUUACUCUAUCAAUCAUAACAAAAUAAAAUCAAAAGCUUUUAUUUCAGGGACAAAAAAAAGAGACAACACUUCAACUUUUUUUGUCUUUUCAGCUCUUUGUGCUCCCAGCAACGUCACUGUGUCUCGAUCAUGCGAGGACAGCACUGUCUCUUGGUCUCAUGUACCAGGUGCUGACAUGUUCAUAGCAACAGCCACUGCAGAGGACGGCCACACACACACAUGCAGAUCAAACUAUUCUAACUCAUGCAAUUUCACUGACCUCCACUGUGGGGAGACAUACAAUAUUACUGUUGUCACUGUGGACAGAGGCUGCUGGAGUGAGCCGAGCUCAACUGUGGAGCUCAAAACAGGUAAGAAGAAACUGUAAUGAGUAUAUUUUGUUUAUUUGUAUGGACUAAAUUACAAAGAUUGACAAAUAUAUCAAACCUAAAUGUGGUGAUGUUCAGAAAACACUUACUUUUUUAAAUUCCUUCAGCUCUGUGUCCACCCACUAAUCUGACGGGCCAAGUCGAUUGUGAUACCAACACACUUGCACUCUCCUGGGACCAGAGUCCAGUGUCUGGAGCCUCCUACACUUUGAAAACUAAGUUGGUAGGAGGUUCACUCCCUCCUGCAGAGCACACAACCUCUAAUACCACACACACGAUGACCAGUCUGCUGUGUGGACAGAGAUAUGCUUUCCACAUCGCAGCCCAGGAGGGACUGUGUCGCAGCAGCUACAGUCCACCCAUAGAAAUAAGCACAGGUAGGAUGUAGAGACAGCUGUAUGGAAUAUAUAUAUGACAUAUAUACAACAGGAAAGAAAUUUGAAUAUGAAGGUUUACCUCCUCUUUCAGCUCCUUGUCAACCAACCAACUUCUCUGCCCGUGUGGACUGUGGGACUAACAAAGGGAACUUCUCCUGGGUUGAGACUGCAGGAGCAGGCUUCUACACAGUAGAGGUGACGGGAGCACACGGACACGUAGCAUCCUGCUCCUCCAAUGACACUUCCUGUGCCGUAAAACUUCACUGCGGUCGGUCAUACUCAGCUUCACUGGUUGCAUCUACAGAGAGCUGCAAUAGCACCAAACAUGCUGACAUUCAUUUUGAGUCAGGUAAGAGAUAUGGACAGGGUUUAAAUCUUGUAUGUGUAAUGGUUGCAUAUUUGCUUGCACUUUGGGGAUGAACCAAACACAAAUAUUCACUUUGUUUAUACUGUUAGUAAACUCGAAGAAAGUGGGGUCUCUCAUAAUCAAUCUUGUAGUUCCAAGCUCCAAGCUUUUAAAUAUUUUCCCUCUUUAUUUUUGUUUUUGUAAGAAGACUAUUGAUCACCUUAAAGGAACUAGGGAUCUUGAUAAAGAAUAAAUAAUAGAGAGCUUAUUAAAAACCUACCAGAGUCACAGAAUGCAAACAGACCAGCCCAUUCUGCUGAGGCCUUAAUGUCUGUUGUGACCUUAGCAGAGGGUGCACACAACAGACGUGAUAUACUUUUUUGACAGCUCAAACAAAUCAUAAUACCUGAAAUAAAUGAAACUCCCUCCCACAGCUCCCUGUCUCCCAGAGGAUGUCUUGGCUAUCUUAGACUGUAACGCCAACGUGAUGGAUGUAAGCUGGACAAAGACCCUGGGCUCUGAUGAUUACACCGCCUGGGCCAUCAGCACAGAUGGACACAGAGUCUCCUGCAACUCCACCUCCGACUCUUGCUCCAUUUAUGAUCUGCAGUGUGGCAAGGUCUAUGAAGUGGCCGUCACCUCGUCCUCCAUUUACUGUGACAUCAUUGCAGGCUCAGACUACAAAAUUCAGUCUGGUCAGUGAAGCUCUUUCAUCUGCAGACCUCAUAUUUUUUAAAGUUAUUAUUCUACUGCACUUGUUUCUUGCAGAAUCGUGUGAUUUUGAUAGAAAGUAUGCUCUCCUUUCAAUCAACACUAGCUCCAUGUAAACCUGAGAACACCUCAGUCAUCCAGAACUGCAGCAGCAACGUUGUGACAGUAAAGUGGCAACAAGGCAGCACAGCGCAGAACUACACAGUGGAAGCCUUAUCAAAUACAGGUGUUAACUCCACCUGUGACUCCAUCGGAAGCAGCUGCUCGUUCCUGAACCUGAGCUGUGGUCAACAGUACACCUUCACUGUGAUGGGACAUACCAAUGUGUGCAGGAGUUUGAUGAGCACACCCAUAGAGAAACUCACUGGUAAAAAUAAACCAGUUCUCUUUCAAUAAAACUAUUGCUUUAAGGAAUGAAAAAGAAAAAACAUCCCUCUAUUUUUUUUUAUUUAAGCAUAUCAGCCACCAAUAUUUAAUUAUUAGUCUGAAAAGGGUUGACAACACAGAUAUGUGUUGCCAAUCUACUCAUAAAGCUCUUGGCACAUAAACAAAUGCAUGUAGACAACCAUCAAAUGUCUGAGUAUAAUUUCAAUUUUUUAGCUCUUUUAAGAUCUUUUUUCAAACUUUUCUUCUAUCUUCUUUCCAGCGCCAUGUCCUCCUACCAAUGUGUCAGCCAUCUUGAACUGUACCUCACAAACAGCUAUGGUCAGCUGGAGAAGCGCAGCAGCAGCCUCAGCUUACAGCGUCCAGGCGAUCUCUGAUGAUGGACAUAACUCCUCCUGCAGUGAGAUGGGUACAUCCUGUCACCUCAGAAACCUGCUCUGUGGACAGGAGUACUCGGUUGUCGUAGAGGCAAUGCACACUGGGUGUCCUGGCCCCGCUAGUGCCCCUGCUAGACUUCUUACAGGUGAGUACUGUGCUAAAUCUUUCACAAUAAAUUACAGAGUGGCAUGAACCAAGUCAACUCACUGAAAUUCCCCAAAAUAAAUCUUUGGCUAAGAAGAAAUACAAGAUUGCCAUACAAAAUAUAUGUUUAAGUCAGUGGUUCUCAAGUCCAGUCUUCGAGCCCCGCCCGUCCUGCAUGUUUUGGAUGUUUCCCUGCUCCAACACACCUGAUUCAAAUCAUCAGCUCGUUAUCAAGCUCUAAAAUGGCUUAAUAACGAGCUGAUCAUUUGAAUCCGGUGUGGACAGGGGGGCUCGAGGACUGGACUUGAGAACCACUGGUUUAAGUCAUAAUAUUAAACAACAGACCAUUGAAAUUAAUUGUAUUGUUUGUAUUUAUUUUAAAAAAUGACAAUAGAGACUCCCAGUGAAAGGGAUGUGGCCUUCUGGUGGACUCUGAAAACAUGAGCUGGACUAGGACUCCACUCUAUUUUGUAAAUUUCGCAUUCACAGUUCAUUACUUCGCAUUAUUUGGUUGUUCAGAUACUGAAAUAGGCAAAGGAUUGUAAUAAAUAAAUUAAAAUUAUUUGCACAACCUUGUAGGUUUUGCAAAACCUAUAGAUUUUUUAGUGUAUGAGAUAUUUGGAAAAAAAUCGUCCUAGUUUUUAUCAUUUAUCAGAGUUUUUUCAAAGGUCUAGGUGGGACCCACAGUAUUUCAACACUUCCAAAUGAGCUACUAAAGUAUAUGUGACUACUAAUACUAUUAUAUCUUAAUCCCUCCAGAGCCGUGUGCCCCCAUGAACCUCUCUGUCCACUACAAUAUCAGCAAAGCCCAGGUGACGUGGGCAGCAGCAAAAGGUGCCACAUCUUAUUCUGCCCAGGCCGUGACUGACCAAGGCUCAACACCACCCUGUAACACCAACACCACCAGCUGCCUCCUGAGGGGCCUGCAGUGCAGUCAGAUAUAUAAUGUGACUGUGAUGGCACGAAACCAAGCCUGUGAUAGCAAUAUUUCUGAAACACAUCAUCUCAUGACAGGUUAGUAACUUUAUUUGAGGAGAGGUGUGCUGAAAACUACAUUUGUAAAUCUGUGAUGUAUCUUUUAAACUUUUGUUUUCCCGUGAUUCAGAACCCUGCCCACCCACUAAUGUUCAAGUCAACAUGGCAUGUGGGCAUCAGUCUGCAACAGUCUCCUGGCAGAAGAGCAACCUCGCUGUUGGCUAUGUGGCUUACUUUGACAACAGCAAGGGCCACUCCACCUCAUGUGAAGCUGCAGAAUCAGAUGAACAAUGUGUUGUCUCAGGACUGAUCUGUGGUAUAGGGUAUAGUGUCUGGGUGAAGGCACUAGGACAUCAGUACAACAGCUCUGACAGCCCAGUGGUCUCUUUUGUAUCAGGUAAAACACAUGUUUGAUGUACAAAAUGUUGAUUUACACAUGUUCUAUGUAAACAUCAAUAAAAGUUCACUAUGAGGGUAAUGAGUAAAUGUUCUGCUGCACCAUUACAAGGCAGACAAGAAAUGCCACCAAAAAAGACCAAAUUGUUCCCCACACAGAUGCACUUGUUUGUGCUUGGAUGAGAAACUUCAUGAUGAAUUAGUUUAAAUAUCCAAUAAAUGAUGUUUCAAAGGUGCAGGGUAAUUUCUCCCUUUUUUCCUAACCCCACAGGACCUUGCCAAACAAGCAAUAUUGAAGCUAUUUUGGACUGCGAAGCCCACUUUGCUACCGUGUCCUGGCUGCCCACUGUUGGGACAGAAAACUAUUUUACUGAGGUGAUGGCAUUAUCAGGCCACAGCACCAACUGCACCACCAACUACACCUACUGUGAGCUGCACUCCCUGCAGUGUGGAGAGGAGUACAAUGUUACUGUGGAGGCCAUUGGAGACACUUGCAACAACACGGCUCAAAUGGCAGGAUACCUCACCACAGGUACUUAAAUAUAUAUAGGUUUCACAAUCCGUGCAUGAUAUCAAAGGAAAAAGACGGCCAUGUUUCCUUCUGCAGUUUUACACAGAAGGAAACAAAAGAGCAGCACUAUAACAUUGUUUACAUUUAGCAUUAUACUGACUGUAACCACUUGUUCCCUCCAGAACCCUGUCCCCCCAUGAACCUCUCUGUCCACUACAAUGUCAGCAAAGCCCAGGUGAUGUGGGUGCCAGCAAAAGGUGCCACAUCUUAUUCUGUCGAGGCCGUGACUGACCAAGGAUCAACAGUUAUCUGUAACACCAACACCACCAGCUGCCUCCUGAAGGGCUUACAUUGCAGUCAGAUAUAUAAUGUAACAGUAAUGGCGAGAAAUAAGGCGUGUAACAACACAGUGACUUCUGAAACCUACUGCCUUAUGACAGGUUGGUCACAUAAUGAUGAAGAGGUGUGUCUAAUGUUUCACUUCACAUGAGUUCUGUGAUCCUAAAAAUGUUCUUUCAUCAUUCAGAGCCCUGCCCACCUACCAAUGUUCAAGUCAAUGUGGCUUGUGAACAGCUUACUGCAACUGUUUCUUGGCAGAAGAGCGACCUCGCCGUGGGUUAUGUUGCUUAUUUUGACAAUCAAAAUGGCCACUUCACUUCCUGUGGUGGCUCAGAGACAGAUACUGUCUGUACUGUCUCAGGAUUGGUGUGUGGCACCAUGUACAAUGUCUGGAUGAAGGCACUGGGACAGCAGUACAACAGCUCUAACAGUGCAGUGGUCCCUUUCACAUCAGGUAGAGACAGAAUCAGUGUGAUACGUACUCAUCUCUUCAUUGUGGAUUUUUAAUUCAUGAACUUAUUCAUGCUCUCUCCAGCUCCAUGUUUGCCCAAUCAGGUGGAGGGAGAGGUCGACUGUAGCUCUGAUGGAGCUGCUGUUGUGUCUUGGGACGCCACACACGGUGCUGCAAACUUUUCCCUGACAGCUGUUGUAAGUGGAAGUCUUCGGACUCUUUGUGAGACCCAGCAGAAAAGCUGCAAUGUGACAGGUCUAAGCUGUGGGGAGACCUACAACCUCAGCCUCACAGUCAGCAACUCACAGUGCAGCCUCACCGCGCCGAUGCACUCCAACCUCACCACACGUGAGUCAGAUUACUGAAGUGUAAACAAAGACUACAGGGGUCUAACUUGAUCCUGGUUUAACAUUCAUGCUUCUCCCCCUCUUCUAGGUCCUUGCCCUCCUCAACAUGUAGAUGUAAAUCUUCAGUGUGGCUCCCGUACUGCGGUCCUUUCCUGGGAGGAGAGAUCCGAUGUUGAACUGUACGAAGCGAGUGCUGUCAAGGCAUCAGGAGGGGACGUGCAGAAGUAUAACUCAACAAACUCUACCUAUGAGUUUUCUGGUCUGGACUGUGGAGAAAUGUACAACUUUACUGUGACGGCUCACAGUCAAGGCUGCUGGAGCCAGGCCAGUAGAACUGUGUUUAUCCAAACAGGUACUAUGGAUGCUAAAUACUUUUACAAGCCGUAAUGACUAACAAAAAGUGACUAGUUUUAUAAUAAUUUCACAAGUCUUUUCAAUUCGUCUUUGGAUACACUAACGGCUUUUAGUACUAUUUAUUUACACAUUUGUGGUAACUUUUUUUUUUUACAAAGAUUUUUCUUACAAAAUAGAUUCACAAAAAAGAACAUCAAGUAUUUUAAUUUAGCUCCGGGCUCACUAUGACGGUAAUAUGAUUAGGAGUAGUUGCCUGGAAUAAUUUCUUUUCCAGCAGACUAUUGAAUAAUCUGGCUGUUGAUUUCUUGAUCAAAUGAUAAAUAUAUUGGUUUUUUGAUAAUAGAAGAAAGAGAAAGAAAUGCCAGUGUCACUUCAGGUUCCGGUUCAGUGGUAAAGAAACGCCUUAAAAAAUCGUUGUCUGACUAACAGUCCAUGUGUCCAUGAGAAGCUUAAAGUCGUCUGAUGCAAAACAAGGACAGCAGCUGAGUUUAGUUCUGGUUUGCUUUUGUGUUUGAAGUCACAUCAAAACUAGUUGUUCAAAUGGCUGAGAUUUAAAUGUUGAUUCCCAUCUUAGUCUUUUUACCAAUCUUUCCAUUACUUCUCUCACAGGAUAAUGAGGGAAUCUCAGUAACUCUAUGAUUUGCCCAUUUCCUCUCUGGUAGACUGACACCCAUGUUUUCUUUUCUUUUCUCCUCUCAGAGCCUUGCUCGCCCGUGAUCAUGUCCGCUCAGGCACUCUGCCAGAGUGAGGAGGUUCAGAUGUCCUGGCACCAAGCACGAGGAGUAGAGAACUACUUAAUAACAGCAACAGGAAGCCUUGGAUACGUUGAUAUCCACAAUACCACCCAGACCCUUCUGUCACUUUCAUUACCGUGCGGACAGGAAUACAACAUCACUGUACGAGGACGAGGCAGCAGGUGUGACAGCGCCCCCAGCAGCCCUGCGCUUGUCAAAACUGGUACGACCUAACGUCUUAAACACCUGAUUCCUCCAUAUACUGGACCUACACUGUUUUCUGAGCGUACAUGAACCUCCUCUCUCUCUAGGUCCAUGUGCCCCCUCCCAUGUGACAACCUAUGUGCAGUGCGAGUCAAACAUGGGCUCUAUCAGCUGGGGGCCAAGUGAUGGCGCUGAAACAUAUGUCGCCAUAGCAACAGGGCUUGACGGCCACACCCACCCGUGUGUCACCAACACCACCUCCUGCACCUGGAAUGACCUGCACUGUGGAGAGGAGUACACCGUUGUAGUGAGAGCCAAGAGUGAUAACUGCACCAGUGGGCCCAGCAACAGCACAGUCAUCCACAUGGGUAUGCUCAGAGCACUUUAUUUAGAGGAGAGCUGUAGACAGAGGAAACACUGUAUCUUCUUACUGUCCUGGAAUUUUCACAGAGUAUAACAGAUUGAGGAUCAUAGAAAUGUGCUCCAAAAUAAUAAUCUAGUGUUAAAUCUCUGUUGUUUUAAAAGCAUAAUCUAUUUUUCUGUCCAGAUCCCUGUAGUCCCAAGGAUUUGGCUCCCACUGUGGACUGUAAUAUGAAGGUGGUUUCUCUAAUGUGGAACGGUGGUAAUGGGACAAAAUCAUACGAGGUGUCAGCUGAGGGGGGAAACCAAACUAUUGGGCUUACCACUAAUGUCACCAUGGCCCACUUCUCUGAGUUUACCUGUGGACAGAGCUACAGUCUCAAAGUCACACCUCACAGCCAGCACUGUCCUGGCAGCUCCAGUGAAGCAGCAUCUGUACAGACAUGUAGGUUAAACACAUCUGACAUUCAUUCACUUUCAAAAUAUAAGAGAAGAAUUGAGCUGAAAUAGAUUCAAAAUUCCUUUCUCUGUCUUUUCUCUCAGGGCCUUGUCCACCUGAAGGAAUCUCUACUAUGCAGGACUGUCUCUCAGGUAUCACCAUGGUGAUGUGGCAGGCUAGUAAUGGAUCUGUGGACUACUACAUAGCCACCAUGCAGACGGACAACGGCCUCUCAAAAGUUUGCAUGUCUGACUCUAACAACUGCAGCGUCCCCGGUCUCCCCUGUGGGCACAACUUCUCCGUGUCCGUCACAGCUUCCAGCCAGGAGUGUAAUGUCACCUCCAGCCAGAGCACAACACUGCAGUCAGGUGAGGUGUAAAAAAGGAAUAAAUAUAGUUAAAAUAAUGAUUUAAUGGGAUGGUGUGUGAGCAAUGCACAUUGAGUCUAGAUUCGGUACGCACAGAUUUGGCCUUGUACACACGUAGCAGGGUAUUUUUAUAAAUGAAUAUCUAACCCCCUCCAUUAAAAAAAAAAAAAGUCACGUACACACAUCAUCAUUUUUAAAUAAAGUCCCAUCCACACAAAACCACAUAAAUGUGCUAUUGACUGUGGUUAUAAUCAUGCCAGACCAGGAGUUGGUAGUAUUUGCCAAAAAGUUAGACCCAUUCUAUCCAAUCAGAGCAAGCUUCCUCAAACAUGACACCUAGCACAGUAUAGUUUGUUUGUGUUGACCAACAAAGAGGUUUUUAAUUACAUAAUCCUAGGCCAAAACUUUUAAAAAUAUAUUCAUUUUAGCAAAUACCCGGCUUAGUGUGGACAAGGCCUUAUGCUGCCAAAGGAAAGACAGUUAACUGGUGAAUGCACGAUAAAUUCAGCUCUUUAAAGCUUCUGUGAGGUACGUUCAGUUUUGUUCUUGAUGCUCUUGUUUGCUUGUUUACUUUGUUGGUGUUUAAAACUCCUUACAGAAGCUUUAAGAGCAUCAUGCCAACACACUUCUCAGGCAUGUUUUCAUAUAUCAUACAAUUAAAUUCAACUAAACUCAACAAUACAAAACAAUUCUCCAAAAAGAGAUGUUGCUUAAAAUGUCACAAAAAAAUAUAUUUUUUCAUAGUUCAGUGUCAAAAGGGACUAUACUGUUCAGUGGAAGCUUAUUUUUUGGAUUUACAUUAUUACAAAAACAACUUAUUUUAAACAUUUUAAGACCUAGACGUUUUUAAACUCUAUUUUUUUUACCCAUCAUGCUCUUCCUUAAAUUUGACCAACCUUUUCAUUGUUGUCUGUCUGUCUCCUCUCUGCAGUGCCCUGUGUCCCCACUAACGUCUCCGUGCUGAUGGACUGCGACCACAACACUGCUUCUGUGUCCUGGUCUCCCAGUAGGGGUGCCGUACAGUACUACGUGACAGCCCACAGUAGUCACGGCAACAUAAGCCGCCAGACCUCUGACCACAGCUAUUCCCUUAACAACCUCGCAUGUGGCAGCCAAUACACAGUUCAGGUUGUAGCGAUGGAUGACAAUUGCUCAAGUGUUCCCAGCCAGGCAGUGUUGUUCAACUCAGGUAAGAGGGAACUUUCACUACAAUAAACAAAUACACUUUAGUCUUCAAAGCAUCAGCACUGUAAAUAAGCAUAGAUUUAGUCAAUAGGUAGGAAAAUGGGGAUGACAAUCAUAGUAUUUGGUUCCUUUUAACCAUAAAUACUAUAUCAAAUUAAAGUGUGAAAUCAUUGCCACUAUAUUGUACUGUAUAUCCUUUCUAUUAUUUUUUAAAAGCAGCUUUUUAAGACCAAAUGUGAUAUAGAUUUAAUACAUGAAAAUGUGCCAAAAUAUUGAAUAAAGCAUAUAAAAUAACAGGCUUUAGAGCUGAAAAUUGACAUCGAAAUGAUCAAAGUGUCCCUGUUUUCGCAGCUCCAUGCCCACCAGAGAAUGUGAGUGCCGAGGUCUGCUGUUGGUCAAACAACAUGAAUAUUUCCUGGGAUGCCAUGAGAGAUGCAGACCACUAUUUGGUCUCCGUUAUUGGGGGAAAUGGAGACAGGGAGUCAUGCAACACAACAGACACUGUGUGUUCAAUCAGCAAUGUGACAUGUGGAAACACAUUCAGCGUUCAGGUCAGCUCUAUUCGAGGCCAAUGUCGCAGCCGGCACAGUCAGACACAUAACAUCAUGUCAGGUAUGAGUCCACAUAAACAGUCCAUAUAUGCACACAUGCUUCCACCCACUACUGGUGUGACGUCCUUUUUUUGUUUUGUUUUCUAGCGCCAUGCCAGCCCAAAGGAAUUAGAGGACACCUCGACUGUGUGACCAAUUCUGCCUGGAUAUCCUGGGACCCUGCUCCAGGGGCGGACGGCUACAUAGUGGCAGCUGUGGGCGAAAACGAUUAUGCAGCCAACUGUACCGCUUCUUCUAACACAACCUGUGAGGUGGAAGACCUAGAAUGUGGCGUUCUUUAUAACUUCAGUGUAACAGCUAAAAAUAGCCGGUGUGAGAGUCAGCCUAGUGCCACCAUCGACUUACAAACAGGUAACAGAUUUUUGACUCAGCUACACGCUGACAGUCCUGCCUUUCUCUGUAAACUGGAACUCAAGUAUGCUUCAGGUUGUUUCAAAUGUAUCUGUCUCCUCCUUCAGCACCCUGCUCCCUUGCUGGUAUCACAGCAGUGGCUCAGUGCCACAAUUCCUCCAUCCUGGUCAUGUGGGAACUGAUGGAGGGCAGCGAGGGAAACACUGUGUACACUGCCACAGCAGAAGCAAAGGACCAUACCUAUCUGUCCUGCAAUGACACAGGAACUAGCUGCUACCUUCACGGAGCACGGUGUGACCUCCAGUACACCAUCAUCGUGUCUGCUUCAUCAGAUCAGUGCAGCAGUAUGAGGAGUCGGCCCUACAGAAUCAGCAUGGGUACACAGACAGCCUUGUCUAAACUAAAUGCAGCUCCAUCAAAGAGGGUUUUCCAUUUAACCCUUUUAAGAUGUUUGAUUUCUACUGACUUUAAGUAUAAUCAACUAUUACAAAAUUACAGUUUUGUUGAAUAAGCAUUACAUAUUUACCUCCAAGUCAACCCUUACUGACUGGUAAACAUCUAAAUGUUGUCUUUACAGAACCGUGUCCCCCCACAAACCUGGUGGUAAAUGGCUCCUGUGAGGAUCAGAGUGCAUGGGUGUCAUGGAGACCCUCUCCUGUUGCUGAAAGUUACCACGUGGUGGCCACUGGUGUUGAUGGGCAUGUGCGUACUUGCAAUGCCACCACCAGUAGUAACUGCAGCUUAUCGGACCUCCACUGUGAUCAGCUAUAUACAGUAACUGUGACAGCCAGUCAUGAGAACUGCUCCAGCAAAGCCAGUCCGAAUGAAACUCUUAUCACAGGUAAUCUCUGAGGAGAUAUGAGCAUCGACACUGAGAUAGACCGAACAUGUCUGAAUAAUUCAUGUUUUUCUGUCUGUCCAGGUCCCUGCAAGCCUGAUGGUCUCUCAGUCAGUUUCAACUGUAAAAAUCAGUCUGCCUGGCUGUCAUGGCAACCCAGAGAUAAUGCUGUCAACUACUAUGGCUACGCUCAGGCUGAUAAUGGAGACAUGCUGCACUGUUACAGCUCAGGUCCCUCUUGUAUUUUCCACAAUCUUGAUUGUGGAGCAGUUUAUAAUUUCUCAGUCCAAGCUUCAGACGGGACAUGCAACAGCUCCUCCAGCACUCCGACACAGACUGGGGCAGGUACACAAACACCAUCUUGCUCCCUUAAAGAUUGCACUGCUUUUGUGCAUGGAUUAAGACAUUAAACUGUCCUCUUUUCUCAUCAGCACCUUGCCCUCCCGACUCUGUUGAGGUGGAACUGUUGCCAAUGAUGAUGGAAGUCCAGGUGAUGCGCUUCAGUUGGACUCCGAUUCCAUGCAAUAACACAGAGUACUUGCUCAAGUUGACAGGGAAUCUGCUGGGAGACAGCCAGGCCCAGUUUGACCUGUCCUCCUACUGGACAAGUGUGACAUUCUUUGAGAUGCCCCUCCCCUGUGGCUCACAGUACACUGCUGCAGUACAGAGCAGGACUGCUGCUGGUACCAGUGACCUCUCUGUACCUCUGAAUGGAACAACAGGUAGACUACAAUUAAAACUUCAUCCACUGUUAGGCACUUUUUUAAAACUUUGAAACCCUAUUUUUUAUUGCGUAGUAUUGACAGAACUUAAAAUGAACAUUGUGAACUGACAUUGAACUGCCUUACGAUCAUAGAUUUAUUGAGAAGGUAAGACAUGUACAAAGCCCCCAUCAGAAUAAUUUGCUCCGUGACAUUAUCUGUGAGCACUUUGAUUCUCUUUGAGGACAUGGUUGUUGGUUUUGGUCCUUUAUCCAGACCCCCUUUAGCCAGGGCACAACAGGGACUUCUAACUGGGACAUACACAUAUUGUGUCAAAUCUGCCCAAAGUUAUUCAGCCCAUUAAGCAAUAGACAGCUAGUUUUGUUUUAGACCUGGUUUCAACUGUCUAGAUUCUGUAUAUUUUUAGACAGAAUUUAGACGUUGCACUUUAACCCAUUAUUCGAUAACUAUUUAUUUCAAAAAGCGAAUGUGAGUUGCAUAACUGAUCUCCAAGUACUUAACCAAAAUGAGUGUGAUAGCCGUUGAGCAAUUUACAGUGUUGUAUAGAUAUAGACCAGAUUUAGACUUGGUCUAAAUUUAGACAUCUAAAAAACUUUCAUUUUUAUACCUGUGGUAGCCUGAUUUUAGACCAGCUGUCGAGCAUUUUUUUGUAUAAAAGACGUCUGUUAGACCUCUUUUAGACCAAAAAAUGCUCAGUGGGAUGUAUGUUCCUUAGUAUUCUCUUUAUCCCUCGUUGAAGCUUUUUGCCAUUUUGUGUCCCUUUGUUUUCCAAGUUUUUUGUUUUAUUGUGGUAAUGUUGUGUCUUUUCUUUUGGUUGUCUUGAGGUGUCCCUUUGUGGUUGUUUUUGUAUCUCUGUCAUGUCUCUUAGUUGUCAUUAACAUCUUUGUUGUUAUUUUCCAUUACUUUGUAAUAAUUUUUAGUUUUUUGUUGUUAAUGUGUCUCUUUGUGUUCAUCUUAAAAUCCUUGUAGCAAUAUCUCUGUCUUUUUUGUCAGUUUUUAAAUAAUAGUGUAGAUUAUUUUCUUGUUUAAUACUAAGCUCAUGUGUUGUUGGACUUUAAAACAGUCAUUUUAUAAAGUACACAUAAUAUACAAGGAGUCUGAAAUCUUGGACAGCCAAACUCACAUUGCUACUUUUAAAGCAUUUAGGAAUGUGUUUCUCUGAUGAAGCCACUGGGUCUAAAAUGGAUCACAGUAUUUAGUAUAUUUAGUAAUUUAGAUGCAAGUAUUUGCAAGUUUCAGAUCUUAACAUUAACUCCCUCCUCUCUUCUUUCAGCUCCUUGCCCACCAUCUGGAGUCACAUAUAGUGGUAACAGCUCCUUCGCCACUGUUUCGUGGAACGCUUCUGUGUUUGCCAACAGAUACACUGUGUAUGACAGCAGUGUCACACCAAAUGUUCAGCUUUGCAGCACUCCAGGGCUGUCGUGCUCUCUAUCAUACAUCGCUGCCGCCAACCUGGUGAUCACAGCAAGUAAUGAAGCCGGAGAAAGUGAAGCAACAAAUGUCACACAUGGUAAGAACUGUGUAAUGUGUGUAUGAUGCAUUGGGUGAAAGUUGUACAUAUACAUACAUAAGCAGUUGGGGAUCAAAUGUGUUUUACAUUUGUGAGUAAUCAGCACAUUGUACUGAUCUUGGCUUUUUGUCAACAGUUGCAACACACAGCCGCAGAAGGAGAGAUCUCAGUGAACAAUUGCCUGAUAAUGGUAAGCUCUUAUUUAGGAGAACACGGGAUACUUAAUUACAUCAGUUUGAUCAAAUCAUCUAAUUCCCAGCAUGUGGCUGAAUUUCGAAGUAUCGCAUGACUAUAGCUUUAAUAAAUCUCAGUGAACAGACAGAAGUGAUAAAUGUGUGAUGUUUUUCUUUGUCUCCAACAGGAGGCCUCUCAGCUCCCCUGCCGCAUGUCACACAAGUGACACCAACAGAAUAUUUCAUUGAAUGGUCUGAAGUACAAGGUGCUUCCUAUUACAGUCUGCAGAUCAGGCAACAGGGCAGCACCAGUAAGCCUCAAGAGCUGACCGUGUACGGCGAGCGAGUCCUUGUUGAUGAUCUAAGUCCAAACUCGGCUUACUGUUUCUCUUUGUCGGCCCAGACCUCAACAAUAAGUGGACCAGAGUCAGAGCCUCUGUGUGUUCACACCGGACCAGGGCUUGCACAGUAG